AUGAGCGGUGAUACGCGCCAAACCUCUGGCGGGAAUGCGAGGUCCAAACGGCGAUUGACAGAUAUUAUCGAGAAAGAUAGUCGGCCGAACUCUACAGCAACGGACGACUCGACGGCGAAUCCGAAACGCCAGCGAGUGUCGCGUGCCUGCGAUAGCUGCAGAUCGAAGAAGGACAAGUGCGAUGGAGCGCAGCCUAUAUGUUCCACCUGCGCCUCACUGUCACGGCCCUGUACCUACAAGGCCAACCCCAAGAAGCGUGGCCUGCCGACCGGGUACAUCCGUACUCUCGAGGUGCUAUGGGGACUUGUGUUUACCAAGAUACAGGGCAGUGAGGAAGUGGUUCGGGCCUUGUUGAGGACAGCCAAUAUGCCUAGCCAUCUGGCUACGAUGGGCAAGGAGGCUGAGGGAUCCGAUACUUUGCUCUCGUCAUGGAAAAAUAGCAUUGUUCUCAAAGAAAUUGAGCGACUCUUGACCUUCAUCGAGCAGCCUGACGAGGAACAGCAGGACAGAGGAGGCAGAGCCCCGGGGGACGUAGAUUCUCCGCAAGAUGCUGAAGGUAGUAGCGUACUUUCAGCUGAGAACCUAGAGUGGCAGUGUCCGGAUCUCCUUGGGGACGGGCGCGAGAGUUCGUUGACCGUAGGACCGUCACUGGUGAAAACACCUACAGCCACGCCGUCGACGCACCGACAACUUUCAACUCGCACUACCAAAGACUCCGGUACACAAACUGUUCCCGAGGGAAAUCAACCUGGGAAUCCAGACGGCCUCCUCUUUGACCAACUAGCAUUACAACGCCGCCCCAAUUUUCCUUCCACAGCCCCUGACCGAUACCCCCAACUUCCGUCCAACCCAUGGCCACUACUCGAUAUUUACUUUUCUUACACCCAAUGUUGGUUCCCAAUACUCGAAAAGCAUGAUAUCCUUCGAACGGCUUUCCGCCACUCGGAAGAUGAUCGCCGCAUAUCUCCUUCCUCGCCUGGUUCAGGAGACUACGCUGCGCUGUGGGCGGCUCUAGCCCUGGCAUCCGCCCAACAAGCGUCGACCUCUGCUACACGCCAGUUGCAAGAGUUGCCGGGUGACCAACCCGACCCGACCCAGUUGUACGCAAGAGCGAAAAGCCUGAUUCCAGAAGAAGACGGCGUUUACGAAGUCGGCCAUAUUCAGGCACUUCUAAUCUUAGCUCUCAUCAAGCUAGGCCAGCAGGACUGGGUAGCCGCGUGGAUACUCGUGGGGCAGGCCGUCCGAAUCGCUCAAAGCUUAGGACUGAAAGCUCUCGCCAUACCCGCGAGCUCGACAGAAGAGAGUAAGGCUGCAGGGCGGUCCAAACAUGUGUUCCUCGGGUGCUUCAUCCUCGAAACGUUGGUAGCGGCGCAAACAGGUCAGGUACCCUCACUGCGCAAGGGUGAUCUGACCAAGGUCGGCCCUGUUGAUGAGGAUGGCUUGGAAGAAUGGCAUCCUUGGGAGGACCAGACUGGUUUUCGUCCCGUAGAAUCGUCCCGCGCUUUCUUUCACCGCGGGCCGCUGCACGCCCUGAGCACUUUCAAUCGGCUGGUCUCCUUGAUGUGCAUUUUGAACGACCUCUGUUGUUGGAGACAAACCUCGACAAGUUCCCUUUCACAUCUAGAAGCCCUUGAGCGGCAACUGCAGCUUUGGGUCGCAGCACUUCCAAAGAGCUAUCGUAUCGACCUGCAAAGCCUUCCCACCAAGUGUCCUUCACCCCACAUCUUCGGACUUGAGAUGAUGUACGAGGGCGUCGCAACAGUUAUCACGAUCCAACUUUCAGCGCAACGGGGCGAUCCAAAUGGGCUCAACCGUGCGGCCGACAGCUCGAUGCGUCUUCUGUCAUUGCUUCGGUCGUACAUGGAUGCCUAUAGUAUUUCAGCAACGUGCCCGACGUUUGGGAUGAUCUUAACCAUGUGCAUGCCAUAUGCCGGCCUAAAAAUGAAUAAUACCCCGUUGCCUUUUGAGACCGAUCCUGGCCUAAAGAGCAAGCUUCAAUCCUUUUCGUCGCAUCUUGCACCUAUCUGGUCGACGAAUCAUACCACCCGUCCCGCUAGAUCUGAACCUGCUGCUACUUCAGUGCCUGUAGAUAUGCCGCAAAGGAUCGCGUACAGUAGUUCUUUGCCUCCAAAUUCUCUAAAUGGCGCUGUAAGCACCCCGCGGCCUCUGGGCAUGGCCAGUGAAGUUCGCCCCGGCAGCCUCUCGGUCCCCGACUCAUUCUUCUCGCCGGCUUGGAUGAGAACAUCCGCAAGCAUGGAUGACAACGCUGCUUUGUCCUUGCCGACACCCCCGUCAUCCCUAAAUAUGGCACCGGGAAUGGAGGCGUCUAAUGCAACCUCGCAGCUCAAAGAAUCCAUGCCAAACCAUCAACCCCGCUCUUCACUUUCAAGGCCCGCCAAAGGCCCAAUGCUAUCCGAAUUGACCACACCAUUUUCUGCCCCUGGAGCACCAUACCAACCUACCUAUAGUGAUCCGAACUUGCCGCUUAACUCUUUAGUCGACAUGGAUGGCUACGGGUCUAUACGUCGACCACGCAUCGCUCCCGACCUUGAUGCCCUAUUCGACGAACUGGCUUCUCUUGAUGGCACAGACAGAAUGGACAAUCAACCCGAGUUCAUGCAGAAUUUAGGAUUCGUUCCCGAGGCCGGAAUCCCAGACCUCUAUCCCUACACGACCACGCAAACGGAGUCAUUCCUGCUACCCUCAACACAGUCAUUGACAUCUCCUGGUGCAAGCUCCGUCCGGCACGAAUCCCAAGUCACCAGCGAGGCUAACCUAAAUGCGAAGAGAUGAUGAAUUAUAUAUAUUAUUAUUUCUUUUUUUUUUUUUUUUUUUUUUUU